AUGUGUGGUAUUUUAUUUCAUUAUAAAAAAGGUUUUGAUUGGGGUGAUUCAAAUAUUGAAUUUGAAGAGCCACAAGUUCAAGAAAUUCUUAAUAAUCAAGAGUACAAAUCAUCUUCAACGUCAGAUCUAUUCAACUCAUUAAUACCCAAAAUUUUAUCAAGAGGUCCAAAUUAUGCAAAGAUUUAUACACAAUUUGAUAAGGUUUUUUGCAGUUCCGUCUUAUCAUUAAGAUCACCAUUCACCAAACAACCGUUAGAAUCUUCAAAUUACAUUAUCCAAUUUAAUGGAGAACUUUAUAAUAAAGAAAUUGACGGUAAUGAUACUCAAUUUAUUCAAAAUUUAUUAGAAAAUAAUUCAGUUGUUGAAACUAUAAGGAAAUUAGAUGGUGAAUUUGCACUUGUGGUUUAUGAUAAACUAAACAAUCAAUUAUAUUUUGGUCGUGAUCCAGUGGGGAAAAGAAGUUUAACUUACUAUCUAUCAAAUGAUGAACUAUAUAUUUCAUCUGUUCAACCUAUAGGUGAGAUUAAAGAAAACUUCAUUGACUGUGAUAACGGUAGUAUUUUCAAUUAUGACUUUAAUUCUGGUUCACUAAAUAUUAUACCGUCAGAAGUGAAAUAUACCAUAAAUUCUAACAUUGACAAUGAUUAUCAAGGCCUAGAAGAUCGUUUAUCAAGAUUAAAUAUUGUAUUAACACAAUCAGUUACCGAAAGAAUCCAAACCAUUCAACCAUUACAUUCAAAUAGUGUGAAUGAUACAUUGUUCUCUAUAUUAUUUUCAGGUGGGUUAGACUGUACAAUCAUUGCAGGUAUUGCAGCAUCAAUCUCCAAACCUGAUACUACAAUUGACCUUUUAAAUGUUGGUUUUGAUAAUCCAAGAACAGGUUUAAAAGCUAAUGAUGCCCCAGAUAGGAAACUCGCUAUAAGUUCAUGGAUUAGUUUAAGUAAGCAAUAUCCAAAAAUCAAUUUUAAUCUUAUUGAAAUAAAUAUCCCAUAUGAACAAUAUUUAGAAACAAGACCAAAAGUUAUUGAAUUAAUGUUUCCAAAAUCUACAGAAAUGGAUUUAUCAAUUGCAAUUGCAUUUUAUUUUGCAUCUAAAGGUAAAGGAACAAAAUUAAAAUUCAAUAAUGAUAUAUCAACAUAUGAAUCAUCUGAAAGAACUAAUAAUUAUCAAUCAAGGGCAAAAGUUUUAUUAAGUGGUCUUGGUGCUGAUGAAUUGUAUGGUGGUUAUCAUAAGUUUGCCAAUAAAGAUAAUGAAUCAUUAAUAGAAGAACUCACACGACAAAUUAAUAAUAUUCAUGAACGUAAUUUACAACGGGAUGAUAAAGUUAUUUCACAUAAUGGUGUUGAAGUUAGAUAUCCAUUUUUAUCACAUAAUGUAAUUGAAUUCUCCACUGGAUCAAUUGAAAUAAAUUAUAAGAUUUCAAAAUUCAUCUUAAGAAAAUUAGCCACUAAAUUAGGCAUGUCAUUUGUUUCUGAAGAGCCUAAAAGGGCAAUCCAGUUUGGUGCUAAAAGCGCAAAGAUGACUGCAAAUGGUAACAAAAAGGGAACUGAUGAAUUGAAAUGA